AUGUCUCCGUCAGCCUCAUCACACGGCGAGUCGCUCCUUCCAGAAUUUAAGAGAAAGUUGACCCACGAAUGGCAACAUCAGGCUGCAUGCGGUCGUGUGUAUGUCAAUAUUUUUAAGCUGCAGGCUUGGAUGAGAAGCAAAGCUCAUGACUCCACCUAUGAUAACAUUACUCGACUGCUGAAGGAAGUCUGGCAGAAUUGGGACGGGCAUCACCCUCGCUUCCGACCCGGAGCGGAAUCGAUCUCGACUGGCGACCAGUGCGCAGUUCUCGUCUUCAGUAUCCUUCUUGAACUUGACCAUGGCCAUCUCAUAAAAAUAUUUCAGGACGAGAAGAUUCUUGAUAAGGAUCUUGAGCGUCCUGGAGUCUACUACCACCACUAUGUGGUUGAAACACUGCAAAAACAUUCUAUCUCAAAUGCACAGCAACUAGUUGAAAGAUUCGAGGAAAAGAAAUGGUCAUACUGUCCAGUCAUCAUCAAGCAUCGCAUGAGCAAUGCAUUUCGUGACGGUCACUGGGUCAUCCCUUUCUGCAAGCGGGAGGAGGUAAAUGAAAAGGGUGGAACCGCCCAGGUAUGGCAGGUGCUUAUACAGGAAGAUUUUGUCUCUCGAGAGGUUCGAGAUAUUAUCAACGGCGCAAGGAUUGAAGACCCUAGCCUUGGGCCAUGCUACCAAUUGGCAUUGAAGACUUACCGUUCUGCGAUGAGCGAUAUCUUCGACUGGGAAACUUUGGCUUUUAGCGGUAUCCAAGAUAAGGAGGGCAUGGUGCAAUACCUCGGGCACUACUCUUUGAACGAAGAUCCCAAUGAAGGCUGCUCCCCAAGCCAUAAUAUUCUGCUUGAGUAUGGUGAACAUGACCUCGACGAGUUCUUCGCAUCCCCGAUCUCAUAUCCUCCGGUACGGGCACCUGAAAUCAUUGGCUUUUGGCGGUCGUUGUUCAAAAUUGCAGAAGCUCUGAAGCGGAUACACAUACUGGAUCAUGAACAAGAUGGACAAACCGAUGAAUUUUACGGAUGGCAUGCUGACGUGAAACCUGACAAUAUUCUCCGAGUGCAUGGCGAGUUUAAACUAGCAGACUUUGGCUUUGCCAAAUUCAUGAAGAGGAAUCAGGGGAUGCCGAUGUCGUAUAUUGAAGGUGGCACUCAAACUUUUGGGGCACCAGAGACUGAUCCUGCCAGAAGAGGUACCCGGACCCCUCAUACACAAACCAUCGACACCUGGUCCUUUGGCUGUGUGCUCUCAGUUGCGGCCACAUGGGUUGUUCUUGGCUUCCAAGGUAUGCUUCAGUACGCAGAGUUGAGAAAACAGGGCGUCAAGAGGGCCCGAGCCGGGCCCCGUCCUGGGCGAAAGCCAACAGCUGACGACGCAUUCCAUGAUGGACGCAAGGUGUUACCUGAAGUUCGCUAUUGGCACAAUUACCUGAGAAGUAUCAUGCGUGACUCUGAUACCACAACCUCACGUGUACUCCGUACUGUGGAGGAGACCAUGCUUCUUGAGCAUCCACAACAGCGAUUGAACUCUACUGCUUUGUGCAAGGAAUUGAACGAUAUCUUGGUACUCGCUGAAUAUGCUGCCAGAAAGAAGGAGAUUGCUGCAAUCAAUGAACAGACUUCCACUCAUGAAACUGUGCUCCAGGCCUUGUUGGCCGUCGAGCAUAAGUCUCCAGUCAACACAGUGCAACCAUCUCAGCAGGAGACAACGACAUCGAAUCGAGAUUCAAGCUCAAAAAACGUACAGGAUGGUGAUCCACGGGGUUCGGGACGUAAAGGCAAGUCGGAACGGAUCGAAAAUAUCCCUCUCGCGAAAACGGCUCAUCGAGCAGAGCUCUUGCAAAAGGAGUUGAACAAGAUCCAGAGCAGUCCUUUUCAGGUUGCUCAUGACCAACGAACAUCCAAUUUUUCAGGACAUCAAGGCGCAUUUGAAGCAUUGAAUAUCUAUGAAAGUCCUGAGCCAACCCCGAAUCUGCAGGACAGCCCUGAAAUUCAUCCUCACAACACAGAGUUUGACCUCGGUCUACCUAAAGAAACAGCGCCCUUCUCACCACGUUAUAUCCAGGAUCCUCGUACGCCACCACCUCAUCAUUCCACAAUCGUUCUCGACUAUAAUGCUAAUCGCCCAAACCUUCAUAUGUACAACUGGGAUCUUCCGAGUGUUGGGUCCCCCAACUGGGAUCUUCCGAGUCUUGGGUCCCCUUCUGCGCAGCCCGGUAAACCUGGUGGCUUAGAAGGGAAGCAGCCAGAGUGGCCAGUGUCCCCGCCCCUGUCUGACCCAGUGAGGCCAGUUGAGGGAAAGAAUUUGUCACAGAUAUCUCCGGUUGUUCGACGGCCACCUGAUGAAGUUGAAAACUUCGGACCUCCCCAGAGAGAGUCUUCUGUAGUCUUGCGUCCGCACUACAAAGCUCCUUCUUACACUGCGCCGGAGGCUAGUCUCCAAGUUUAUUACGAUGUCUGCAAGGUGAGAAAAAAGCUUGAAAGCGAGCCUGAGCGCAGCGGUUUUGCAAAGAUCUUCAGGAGUCCAAAAGCGGACCGGGACUUGCAGAAAUUCAUCGUGAAUCGCGAUAUGAUCUUUAUUGUUGAUAACGGAGAUACUAUGGGACCGUUCUGGAAAGUCGUAACCUAUGUUCUGGAGACCUUGACCAUGAAGUUAGCUCCUCUUGACGAGGAUGGCCUUGACUUAGUCUUCACCAUUGGCCACGAAGAACCAUUCAAUGCAAAAGGAAAAAACGCUUUCAAAGAAUUCAGGAAACAGAUGGAGAGAGCUGCUCCGUCGCUAGCGAGAGAUUCUCACGGAGAGAAUAGGACAAAUAUGGCCGAAACGCUGGGGAGAGUGUUCACCAAUUACACCAACCAAAAGAAAUCGAAACGGAUGACCCUGCUCGUGUUAACUGAUGGGCGAUGGCGAGAUACGGCGAGGGAGAACAAGGUGGGGGAUAAGAUUGCCACCUUCGUUAAAGACCCAUCUGUUCAAAAAUAUAUAAUGGAAGAUCGUCGGUUUAGCAUCUCUUUCAUUCAAUUUGGAGAAGACCCAGAUGCAUCUGAGAGGCUCAAAUGGCUUGAUGAUAAAUGGGCGGGGGCACAUAAGCUUGCGUGA